AUGGCACUGGUUCCUGUCAAGAAAGAGCCGGGGCUCUUGAAAGUGAAAUGUGAGCUUCGAGGUCACCCUGAUGCAGUGGUUUCUGUGGAUGUGGAAGCCGAAGCGGCCAAAACUCUGAAGAAACUCAAACAGAGGGAGUAUGAGAACAAUCGAAAGAACAAGCAUCGAUCCAGGAAAGCCCUCAUUGAUCGCUUGGGGGAAGAAGUGGAGAGGCUGUCCGCGGGUUCCAUUUCCACCCAGCAGGAAGUGGCCGGCCUGGAUCCAAUAGCGGCUGCCGGAGUGCAGGCGUUUGAUGCUGAUGAAUACCUUCGGUGGAUGAAGAAGAGAGCUGUUCGCACCCUUGCCGAAAACCGCUACCGCACCACGGAUGAGAACGGCAAACACCUGUGGUCGGCGGGUGGUGCUCUUGAAGUGAUCUCAGUGCGCGGCUCCAAGUCGCUGCCCGACCUCACCAAUUUGACGCCUCUCCACCGCGAUCCCGAUCGAACCGCUUUCAUUUUUGCUUGGUUUCACGCGAAAGAAGCUGUGAACAACGGACAGCAGGAUGCCGAGACCUUGAAAGGCUUCGUGCAUCAGGUCAAGUUCGUGGAUCUGGCCACAGAUGACGAGACUGAGCACAAGAAGUUCGAGCUUGCUCAAGAGAUCAAGGAUGAAGUGGAUGUUUUGGUGUUGCAGGGUUUUCGCCAGAUGAAGGCACUGGCGUACGUGAGGGACUUCUUGAAGCAGCAGGGCAAGGGAAGCAGUGAUCAGGAUAUGGAGAAGUGGUCACUUGAUUUCGGUUUGUGA